AUGAAAGGUGGACUCCGUGUCGCAGGAUUUUGCGUCUCGUGUAUUCUUCUUUUCUCGUUAUACCUGUUUGAAGCGCAUCUUCAAGACCUGUGCAACCAAUAUCGUGCCGGUGCAUACAUUUAUGAUUGGUUAGGUCACAAUGGCGCUGUCUCAAGUCCGACAUACAGCGAGACCACACCAGGGGAUAGAGUGAUCGUUAUGGCCAAGCUGGAGGAAGAGCCUACUGAAUGGGUAGAGCACGAGCUACCUGACUGGCAACGUGCAAUCUACGUUGUAAAUCCCUCGCGAGAGACACGGCUUAAUGCCAACGCCCUUACGACUCCGCGUAACAAAGGCCAUGAGUCCAUGGCCUAUCUCACCUACAUUAUCGACAACUACUACGACCUUCCUUCAACCAUCGCUUUCCUUCACCCCCACCGUGCUGGUUUCCUAAUGGCUUGGCACGUCGAUGCACCACUCCACGAUAAUGCCAUCGCCAUGCGCAACCUACAACUCGAUUUCAUCCAGCAGAACGGCUACGUGAAUCUUCGCUGCAAUUGGAAUCCUGGCUGCAAGGGCCCGCCUCGCUUCAAUGGUCAUGUCACCGAACAGGUUUGGAUGGAAAUCUUCGAUAGCACGAGUACGCCGCCCUUGAAUGUUUCUUCGCCUACGCAACGCGAAUCUCCUGGUCAAACAUACCUUCGUCAACCUGCCGAGAUUGGCGCCGCCUGCUGUGCGCAAUUCGCUGUCUCGCGGGAUCAGGUUCGGAGGCGUCCGUUGGAUGACUAUGUCAAAUUCCGGCAAUGGAUUCUUGAUACAGAAUUAAGCGAUGCUGCAUCGGGGAGGGUGAUGGAGUUCCUAUGGCAUAUCAUUUUCGGAAUGCAAGGUGUAUAG